AUGGAUCCCGAUCGAAUGAUGGUUGAUGAUAUGGAAAGUAAUGCAUCAGCUCUCGCUCAAGGGGCAGUGCAGUCUAAAAAUAGACCUCCCAUGGUUAGUCAGGGAGGAGGAGAAGGGGCUAGGGAAGCUUUCCUACACAUGAUGAAUGAAUGCCAGAGAUUUAUCGAUCAGAAGCGUAAGAAAUUCCUUCAGCUGAAGCAGGGUCGAAUGUCAAUUACUAAGUACGAAAGAGAGUUCAUUAGACUCAGCAAGUAUGCUAGAGAGUGUGUAUACUCCAAGGCUAUUAUGUGUAAAAGAUUUAGAGAUGGGCUGAAUGAGGAUAUUCGGCUAUUGGUUAAAAUCUUAGAACUGAAAGAAUUUGUGAUAUUAGUUGAUCGGGCCUGUAAAGCCGAAGAACUAAGUAAAGAGAAAAGAAAAGCCGAGUCUGAGGCUAGAGACACAAGAAAGAGGCUGAUGAGUAAAUCAUUUCAAUCCCAGUCAAAGAAAUUUAGAGAAACGCAUUCCCGCUCAAAUGUAUUAGUUGAGUAUUCGUAUGGAAAUCGGGGAAAACGUCACCCCAGUAAGUGCUGGAUGAAUGAUCGUGCAUGUUUCAAGUGUGGUUCUCAAGAACAUUUUAUCCGAGAUUGCCUUGAGAUGGUUGAAAAAGAAAAGUUUCAGAGUAUGAAGACGAGUAAUACUGCUUCUAGAGGGAGGCCACCAAGAAAUACUGGGAAUGGAACUAGCAGUAAAGGUGUGACGAAAGAUACAGCAGUGAGAUCCGAGGGUAGGGCUUCUGCUAGAGCCUAUGCCAUUCGUACUCACGAAAAGGUGACAUCUCCUGAUGUGAUUACUGGCAAGCACGUGUUAGUUGACAGGGUAUGUAAGAAUUGUCCUUUGAUGAUCAAAGGUCACUAUUUUCCAGCUGAGUUGAUGUUGUUACCAUUAGAUGAGUUUGAUGUUGUAUUGGGUAUGAACUGGUUGACAGUGCACGAUGCUAUAGUGAAUUGCAGACUGAAAAUUAUUGAAUUGAAAUGUGAAAAUGGUGAAAUUCUUCGGAUUGAUUCAAAUGAUCUGGGUAAAUUACCAGUUAUAAUUUCUUUGAUGUCUGCUCAGAGAUAG